AUGGCUUUGGUUCCUCGAAUGCCAUGUCGGAUUUCACGAUGCCGUCUCAAUCCCUACAAAUCUACUAGAUAUCUCCAAACCUCCUCCGGAACUCAAUCCCAUGAUCUCCCAUAUCCCCUGUUCCCCUCUGUCUCCCAGCUACUCCAUGAAAAAGGCAUAUCCGGCGCCGAUCUCUCCAAAAUACCUGCUUCCGGACCCAAAGGCCGGCUCCUAAAAGGCGAUGUACUCGCUUUCACUGGCGCGAUACCCCGAGACUAUUCCUCUAAUCUCUCUGCCCAAAUUUCUCAGCUGGCGCAUUUAGACUUGAGUAAUAUUAAAGUCAAGCAAACUCCCACAGAGUCGCAAGCUAAAUCCGCGGCCACGGCAGCACCAGCGCUGCCGCCUGCAUCCACAUCAGCCCGACCCACUCCACCAAAGGAAACCCAAGUAUCGCUCCCAAUAUCCCUCUCCUCCGUCCUUAGCAUUCAGGAACGCCUCCAGAAGACUCUGGGCAUUACAAUUCCCCUAGCUACUUUCCUCUCGCGCGCUACAGACAUAGCCAACGAGGCCCUCCCAGCAUCCAAGUCCACAUCCCACACACAGUCCUCCGAUUCCCUAUUCGAUGAAAUACUCGGCGUAUCCCCCCCCAAGACCACAGCCAUGAACCCAUGCACUUCCCGCGGGAACUAUGUCCCUGAGAUAAUUGCGCCGGAAGAAUAUAUGGAUCCCACUUUAUCUGCUUCCCCGCGGGAAGUUCAUCAGGAGCCAGAUAUCAUCGACAUCCUAUCCGGGAAAUCCCCGCCCUCGACAUCAACAUCAACAUCCUCCAUGCGCAGUGGAGAAUCAGAACCCACAUCCUUCGACUCCACAGAUCUCGACCUAGCCACGAACAUCUUUAGCAUUCAAGUUCCCCCAGCCGAUCGACUACGCGGCGAGACUUUCCUAGAACGCCUGCGCGACGUGUUGGAAGACGAGCCUGAGAGUUUGGUGUUUUAA